UAUACGCCUCCUGAACUAAAAAUAGAAACAGCUGGCCUUUCCAGGCAACUAAAAACCUCCAGACUAAGAGGUGUUCCCCCACUCGGCAGUCAGACUCCUUGAAAUACCCUUUCAAUAAUUCUACCAAGGCCUCCAUGUCUCGUCUCUGCCAUAACAAAGGCUGUGGGCAGCACUUUGACCCCACUACCAACCUUCCUGAUUCCUGUUGCCAUCACCCUGGGCUCCCAAUCUUCCAUGAUGCUCUUAAGGGUUGGUCCUGCUGCAGGAAGCGUACUGUAGAUUUCUCUGAGUUCUUAAACAUCAAGGGUUGUACUGUGGGACCACACUGUGCUGAGAAGCCCCCCGAGGCCCCUCAACCCGAGGGCUCUGCCACAAGCAGUUCACUUCUGGAGCAAAAACCUCUGAACAUGUUUCCAAAGUCGGCAGAGACCUUGCGCCGGGAGAGGCCCAAGUCAGAGUUACCUCCAAAGCUGCUGCCAGUAAAUAUAUCCCAAGCUCUGGGAAUGGCAUUGGAACAGAAGGAACUAGACCAGGAACCUGGAGCAGGACUUGACAGUAACCUGAUUCAGACUAGUUCCAGCUGCCAGAACCCAGGAUGUGAUGCUGUUUACCAAGGCCCUGAAAGUGAUGUUACCCCGUGUACCUACCACCCAGGAGCACCUCAGUUCCAUGAGGGGAUGAAGUCUUGGAGUUGUUGUGGCAUCCAAACAUUGGAUUUUGGAGCAUUCUUGGCACAACCAGGAUGCAGAGUUGGUAGACAUGAUUGGGGGAAGCAGCUGCCAACAUCUUGCCAUCAUGAUUGGCACCAGACAGAUUCCUUAGUCGUGGUGACUAUAUAUGGCCAGAUUCCACUUCCUGCAUUCAACUGGGUGAAAGCUAGUCAAACUGAGCUUCAUGUCCACAUUGUCUUUGACGGUAACCGUGUAUUCCAAGAACAGAUGAAGCUCUGGGGGGUCAUAAACGUGGACCAGAGCUCUGUCUCUCUGAUGCCAUCUCGGGUUGAAAUCUCCCUGGUCAAGGCUGACCCAGGAUGCUGGGCCCAGCUGGAGCACCCUGAUGCAUUAGCCAAGAAGGCCAGUGCAGGGCUUGGGUUAGAGAUGGAUGAGGAAGAAUCUGAUGAUUCAGACGAUGACCUGAGCUGGACGGAGGAGGAGGAAGAGGUGGUGGAGGAAGAGGAACAGGAACAGGAGGAAGUAAUGGGGGAAUAGUUAUGCACAGCCUAGAUGGGACUUCAAUGACUCCCUUUAUGAGUCAUUGAGCAGCUGGAGACUGAAGGGAAAGGAGAACAAAAGUGUCCAAAUAAUGCUGUUUCCCCUUAAAUAAAUCUUGUAUUCUGCAGUUUCA